AGUCAUUACUCCUCCAAGCACCAAGCCUUAAAAUGAAGUUCUUCAUCGUUGCUCUGGCCUUGUUUGCCGUGGUUGCUGCCCGGCCACAGGACGACAAGUACACCACCAAGUACGACAGCAUCGAUACCGAUGAGAUCCUGCAGUCGGAUCGUUUGUUCAAGAACUAUUUCAACUGCUUGUUGGAUAACGGUCCCUGCACCGCGGAAGGUAAUGAGCUGAAGCGAGUUCUGCCCGAAGCCCUGGAGAACAACUGUGCCAAGUGUAGCGAGAAGCAGCAGACGACCAGCACAAAGGUCAUCAAGUACCUGACCGAGAACAAACCAGAGGAAUGGACGGCUCUGAAGGCCAAGUACGAUCCGGAAAACAAGUACGUGCAGAAGUACGUGGCUGAUGCCGACAAGGAUGGAAUCAAACUGUAAAUCGGCACCUAUUCUAUGAUUGGCACUGGACUGGAAUAUGUUUUUUGCGUUUUAUAAUCACUCUGCCAGAAAAUGCCUGUUCCUUUAAUAAAUCCGCAAUGCAGAUAUA